AUGCACAAGUAUGAAAUGGCACAACAGGUCACUGUUGCCCCUCAUGGUACUACGUUGAUGGUACGCGGGGCACUGUUGGACGGAAAACGAACAGAGCGUCAUCUGAAGGACAAGGGUGAUAAACAUAAGGCGGCAAAAGGUGACCUGGUCUACUUGGACUCCUCACCUGACAACUGUUCGGUCGACACUCGGGGUCGUCAAUGUGGAAAUAACUGCGAUGAGAUUUGUUGCGGUCGAGGCUGGCACACAGUAAGAGAAGUGGUGGAUGAGCCCUGCCAAUGUCGAUUUAUUUGGUGUUGUGAUGUCAAAUGUAAAACUUGUAAGAAGAUAGUUGAUCGUAACUUUUGUCGUUGA